AAUAUAUUAAUAGCGGGUAUUACGAAAAUUAGUUUCGGCUUAGGUAAGGAAAUCGUCGCCCUAGGUAUAAUAAAAAUAAAAACAUACUUUAAAACGAUAACUUUCUAUAUUUUACCUGUUAAUACUCUAUUUUUCCUCUAUCUAAAAAAUAUAAAUCGACUAGGUAUUAUAUUCGAUAAUACAAAGAAUAGAAUCUCUAAUAAUAAGGACUUUAAAAUAGUUAAAUAA